AUGUCCCACCCGUCCAGAGCUCCGCAUCCGAGCUCCGGAAUUACCGUCUUUUCUCAUCUCUCUCCUCCAGAAACUGACCCGCAUCUCUCCUUGCAACCGUCCAAGUGGCUCGACAGCCCGGACCUCCGUCCAACACCUGUGGCCCACCGCACGUGGGGCCGCUGGACAUCGUACUUGUUUUGGUUUGCUGCGGCCGCAAACCUUUCAAACUGGUACUCGCCAACAUCCUUCAUGACAGUCGGCCUCACCAUGUGGGAAGCUCUUGGGUGCCACUUGGCAGGUCAGUUUAUUGCCGGCGUCAUGAUGGCUCUCAACGGCCGAGGUGGUGCAAUAUACCACGUUGGAUUCCCAGUCUUGGCCAGAGCUAGCUUUGGCGUUUUUGGUGCAGCUUGGCCCGUCAUCAACCGCAUCGUCAUGUCCAUCAUCUGGAAUGGUGUUAAUCUUGUCCAGUGUGGUCAGGCCAUUUACACAAUGCUCCACGCAAUCUUCCCCUCGAUUGCGCGGCUUCCCAAUGGCAUGGCCCCAGACGAUGCCCUCAACACAGGCGGCAUGAUUGGCUUUACCAUUUCUUGGGUUCUUCUUGUGGCUGGUCUCUGGUUCAUCCCAGUCCCUAAGCUCAAGUACUAUCUCAACACAAAGGUCCCGGUUUUCGUAGCUUCUGCCAUCGCCAUGCUGGCCUGGACUCUUGCACUGGCUGGAGGACUCCCGCAUUCAGUCAUUAACUCCCGUAAUAAUGUGGUUCUCACCGGAUCUGCCCGCAGCUGGCUGCUGGCCCGAUUCAUUUUCCUGUCAUGGGCAAACAACUCCACCUUUAUUGUAAAUGCUGCUGACCUCCAGCGCUACACGCGGAACCCAAACGACGCCAUUUGGGGGCAAGUCGUUGGCUUCCCUCUAUCAAAUUUUAUCAUUGGUCUUGUCGGUGUGAUUGUUGGCGCUACAAGUGUCGCUGUCAUUGAUCCACACUCGGGCGCUGCAGCUCAUGCUGCCGGUGCAGGCAUCACCUCAGCCACCAAAUCUUCGCUCGUGUGGAACCCCAUUGUGUACUUGGACAUGAUUCAGACGCAAAACUACACGAAAGGGAAUCGUGCCGGCGCGUUUCUCAUUGCCUUGUGCUUUGCCUACAGCGGUCUCUUUUCUUGCAUUGUGGAAAACGUGCUUCCUGCAGGUAACGACUUGGCUGCUCUAUACCCACGCAAACUCACCAUUAAACGCAGCUUUAUGGUCUGCGCCCUGCUCACCUGGGCUUGCGUUCCUUGGAAACUCAUGGGAACCGCUACCAGCUUCAUCAAAUGGCUCUCCAGCUACCAGAUUUUUCUCUCAGCCAUUGCCGGUGUCAUGCUGGCUCAUUACUAUAUCGUCACUGGGGGUCUGCUCGCCGUCGAGCCUGAUUUGUACACGGCCUCGCGUCGCGGGGUAUACUACUAUACGCGUGGAAUCAAUCCACGCGCAUAUAUCGCGUACGUGCUAGGAAUUGCGCCCAACUUUUAUGGGUUCCUGGGCCAACUCGGUGUCAACAUUACACUUCAAGGGACCCGGUUUUUUUACUUUGCUUUUCCCGUCGGACUUUUCGUGUCUUUCACAAGCUACCUGCUUCUUUGCAUUUACUUCCCGCCAGCCUUUACUACCAUGAUCCUUGCGCGCCGCACCCGUUGCGUCGACGGACGCGCUGUCACAACAGAUCCUCGCGACGUUGCAUCAUGGUCUUCGCAUGUAUCUUCGGCAGCUUCUGCUUCUGUAGCUGACGAAAAGCAUUCGGGCGCUGCAGGUGUUUUCCCACUUAGCGGGUCAGUCCGCACGACUUCUGAAACACCCCCUUCUUCUUCUCCUCUUCCUCCUCUUCCUCCUCCUGCUCCUUCUCCUUCUCAUCCUUCUGUACCAAACAAAAGCCAAAGCCGGUGCUGCACAGGAGGAAGACUGUGUCCAAAGUUCCAGUUACGCUGGCGCGAGCCUGCAAACUACGUCUCAGCACUGGACCCAGGGCUUCCUGACCAGGAAUCUGGCGGCCAUAGUUGCAGCGGAGUGGGGCAUUCCGAGGGCGGGGAAACUCUGGGCGGAAGUAGCGGAAGUAGCGGCAGUAGCGGCGGUAGGGGCAAUGAUAGGGGUAAUGGUAGCGGUGAUAGUAGGGGUGAUGGCCUUGAGCUGGAAAUAAACGGUCAAGAUUGGGAGAAAGCGCCACAGCGCGUUAACCAGAAAACAUUUCACUGGUGGACAAGAAAAGCGGAUUUAAAUAAUAAUAACCAGGCGACUCAGUCCAAACAAGAAUCGCGAUUUCCUCAAUUUUGA